AUGGUAACCAAUCCAAGCCAAGAUCACCACGCCGCCGCCGCCAGCAGCGACGGCGCCUCCCCAUCAGCGACAAAUCGCUUUCCAGACUACGAAUCCGACGAUCUCGAUGAAUCUUCCGCCGCCGCCUCUCCGUCCUUUUGCCUGUGCUUCCCCGCACGCUGCUUCGGCCGCCGAUCCGCCGGGUCCCACGCCUACCUGCUGCAGGUCAACCAAGAUCGCCACUCCUCCGAGGACCAAGAGCCCCGCGGCGGGGGAGGCGGCGGGCGGCGGUGGGUGGCGGAGAAGCUGAAGAAGGCGAGGGAGGUGUCGGAACUGGUGGCGGGGCCCAAGUGGAAGAAUUUCAUCCGCAGAUUCAGCGGCACCGUGAGGGCGGCGGUAGGGUCGGUUGCGAAUAAAGCUAACGGCAGGAUCAAGAGACCGUCCAAGAUGCAGUUUCAGUACGACGCGCAGAGCUACGCGCUUAACUUCGAUGACGGCGUCGAUACCGCCGACGACUGCGGGUACCCCGGUUUCUCCGCCAGGUAUGCGGUUCCGCCGCCGCCGCCUUCGGGCGGAUCCAAUGGCGUGACGACCAAGGCCGCCUCGCAGCUGGACACGUGA